AUGCCUUGGUACUCUCGAAUAGCAUAUUCAGAUCAAAAAGAAUGGACUUAUAAUGAUGUAGAUGUGCAGCAGGUUGAAUGCCAAAAGAGAUAUGAUAAUUGGCAGCAGUGCUUAAGAAAGAAAGGAGCGAGAGACCAGGGUUGCAAAAAAGAGUGUCUGGAAGACUAUUACACUUGUAUUGAUAAAUUGAAUGCAAUGAGGUCACAUUUUGAAGUAAACUUGUCAAAGAAACUAAAUAGGAUUGCCUAA